AUUCAAAUGUGUUUGCGGAGAGGGGCUGGGGUUCCAUCUUUUGUUCUCAACUCAGCUUUGCGGCGGAGAGUCCUACCUUGCCGGCGCACGGAGGGACGGCGGCGGCCGGUGUGUGGGCUCUUUAGCCGCGCCGCGCGGGCCGAAAUGGAGGCUGAUGAUUUAAGUGGCAGAGAGUUGACAAUUGAUUCCAUAAUGAACAAAGUGAGAGAUAUUAAAAAUAAAUUUAAAAACGAAGACCUUACUGAUGAGCUAAGCUUGAAUAAAGUCUCUGCUGAUACUACAGAUAACUCGGGAACUGUUAACCAAAUUAUGAUGAUGGCAAACAACCCGGAGGACUGGUUGAAUUUGUUGCUCAAACUAGAGAAAAACAGUGUCCCUUUAAAUGAUGCCCUUUUAAAUAAAUUGAUUGGUCGUUACAAUCAAGCAAUUGAAGCACUUCCUCCAGAUAAAUAUGGCCAAAAUGAGAGUUUUGCUAGAAUUCAAGUGAGAUUUGCUGAAUUAAAAGCUAUUCAAGAGCCAGAUGACGCACGCGACUACUUUCAGAUGGCCAGAGCAAACUGCAAGAAAUUUGCUUUCGUGCAUAUAUCUUUUGCACAGUUUGAACUAUCACAAGGUAAUUUCAAAAAAAGCAAGCAACUUCUUCAUAAAGCUGUGGAAUGUGGAGCAGUACCAGUAGAAAUGCUGGAAAUUGCCAUUCGGAAUUUAAACCUUCAAAAAAAGCAGCUGCUUUCAGAGGAAGAAAAGAAGAGUUUAUCAGCAUCUACAGUAUCAAAUGUGCAAGAACCAUGCCCCAGUACACUUGGACAUUUACCAAAUAGGAACAUCAGUUGUGAUUCCAGAGCACAGACUAAAGCCAGGUUUUUGUAUGGAGAGAACAUACCCCCUCAAGAUGCAGAGAUAGGCCAUCGAAAUCCAUUGAAACAAACAAACAAAGCUAAGCGAUCAUGCCCAUUCGGAAGAGUCCCAGUUAACCUUCUAAGUAGCCCGGAUUACCAUGAGAAGACAGAUGCUUCAGUUGCACCCCCUUUUACUAAAAGACAGAUCUCUGGAUCAGAAUGCCGAGAUACAGUCGUUUCUGGAUGUAAAUCAAGUGGAAAUGAUUCCAGUGACUUGAGACAUUUAACGUCUGUUAAAAAUAUUCGUUCCAAGGAACCUCUGAUGACAGAUGAGAAGAGUUCUGAACUUAUUACUGAUUCAGUAACCCUGAAGAAUAAAAGUGAAUCAAGUCUUCUAACAAAAUUAGAAGAAACUAAAGAACAUCAAGAACCAAAGGUUCCAGAAAGUAACCAGAAACAAUGGCCAUCUAAGAGAAAGUCAGAAUGUGUAAACCAGAAUCCUGCUGCAUCUUCAAAUCAGUGGCAGAUUUCAGAGAUAAUCUCAAAAGUUGAUACAGAGAAACAAACCAGUUUUGAGCAACCUGCCCUUUCGGUUUCAAAGCAGUCACCACCAAUAUCAACACCUAAAUGGAUUGACCCAAAAUCUAUCUGUAAGACACCCAGCAACAGUGUCUUGGAUGAUUAUAUGAGCUGUUUCAGGACUCCAGUUGUAAAGAACGACUUUCCACCUGCUUGUCAGCUGUCAACACCAUAUAGCCAACUUGCCUGUUUCCAGCAGCAGCAGCAGCAAAUACCCGUUACUCCACUUCAAAACUUGCAGAUUUCAGCAUCCUCUUCAGCAAAUGAAUGCAUUUCAGUUAAAGGAAAAAUGUAUUCCAUACUGAAGCAGCUAGGAAGUGGAGGUUCAAGUAAGGUAUUUCAGGUGUUGAACGGAAAGAAACAGAUACAUGCUAUAAAGUAUGUGAACUUAGAAGAAGCAGAUAGCCAAACAAUUGAUAGUUACCGGAAUGAAAUUGCUUAUCUGAAUAAACUACAACAACACAGUGAUAAAAUCAUCCGACUUUAUGAUUAUGAAAUCGCAGAUCAGUACAUCUACAUGGUAAUGGAAUGUGGAAAUAUUGAUCUUAAUACUUGGCUUAAAAAGAAAAAAUCCAUCAAUCCAUGGGAACGCAAGAGUUACUGGAAAAAUAUGUUGGAGGCAGUUCACACGAUUCAUCAACAUGGUAUUGUUCACAGUGAUCUGAAACCUGCUAACUUUCUGAUAGUUGAUGGCAUGCUAAAGCUAAUUGAUUUUGGAAUUGCAAACCAAAUGCAACCAGAUACAACAAGUAUUGUUAAAGACUCUCAGGUUGGUACAGUUAAUUAUAUGCCACCAGAAGCAAUCAAAGAUAUGUCUUCCUCAAGAGAAAAUGGGAAAUCCAAAUCGAAGAUAAGUCCCAAAAGUGAUGUUUGGUCCUUAGGUUGCAUUUUGUACUAUAUGACUUAUGGGAAAACACCGUUUCAGCAUAUCAUUAAUCAGAUUUCUAAAUUACAUGCCAUAAUUGACCCUAAUCAUGAAAUUGAAUUUCCUGAUAUUCCAGAGAAAGAUCUUCAAGAUGUGUUAAAGUGUUGUUUAAUAAGGGACCCUAAACAGAGGAUAUCCAUUCCUGAGCUUCUGGCACAUCCAUAUGUUCAGAUUCAAACUCAUCCAGGUAACCAGAUGGCUAAGGGAACCACUGAAGAAAUGAAAUACGUUCUGGGCCAACUUGUUGGCCUGAAUUCUCCUAACUCCAUUUUGAAAGCUGCUAAAACUUUAUAUGAGCACUAUAGUGGUGGUGAAAGUCAUGAUUCCUGUUCAUCAUCCAAUACUUUGGAAAAAAAAUGGGGAAAAAAGUGAUUUGCAGCUACUCAUAAACUGUCAGGUAUCACCUGUAAAAUAUAUUGGACUGUUAUACUCUUGAUUUUCUGUGGAAAUCUACUCCUGAAGACAACUUCACUCUGAAAUGUCAUUGGCAGAAAAAUUCAGUGGAUUAUCCUCAAAAGAAAACUGUAAAAAACCACUAAUGACACUGUAUGUAUUCAAUUGUAGAAUUGUUUUCUCUUUUGUGCUUCCCUGUAUAUCUAAUCUAUUUGAUAUCAUUUUCACACUUGGAAUAGUGGGUGAAAGUGGAACUAUUUUCUGAAGAACUACGUAAAUAGGCUUUGUAUAGUAUAAAAUGACACUAAAAUGUCAAAGUUGUAGAACUGUUUUCUUCAAGCAAAUAUAUUGUUGGUGAGGCAACAGAAUUCUUAAUAAAUAUGGAUUAAGGGAAAACAUGAGAGUAGACCUUAGUAAAUUAACUUUGGGGGAAAAAAAAUUCCAAAGUGUUUGAAUUCUAAAAUAGAUUUUCAGUUGCUUUAUGGCACUGAUAAUACUCCAGCAUUUUAGGGCUUUACUUGGCUCUUUUAAUUCUCCAUUUAAUUCUUCAUAAUAUCUAUGGUUUUGGGUGUUCAGAGUAUCAUGCCGGAUUCUAAGAUGUAGGCUGUAUAGGGCAUGACCUCAAUUGUACGACUUGCUUGGUAAUGAGUAAUUACAAAUGUGGUCCCAGAAUUUCUGAGUCUGAAUCGAACAGAUUACUUAAGGAUAUUACCAUAUAGUAUUCUUUUCCCCAAAUUUUUCUUUAGCUUUUAAAACAGUUUUAGAGCCACAGCAAAAUUGAGGGGAAGGUGCAGAGAUUUCCCAUUUAACCCCUGCCCCCCACAUGGACAGCCUCCCCCAUUACCAACAUCCCCACCAGAGUGGUACUUUUGCUACAUUUAAUGAACCUACAUUGACGCACUGUAAUAAUCACCCGAAGUCUAUAGUAUACAUAUACCUAGUUCACUCUUGGUGGUGCGUGUUCUAGGGAUUUGGACAAAUGUGUAAUAACAUGUAUCCAUCAUUAUACUAUUGUAAGAAUAUUUUCACUGCCCGAAAAAUUCACUGUGCUCCACCUAUUCAUCCCUUCCCUACCCCCAACCCCUGGGAACCACUGAUCUUUUUACUGUUUCCAUAGUUUUGCCCUUUCUAGAAUGUCAUAUAGCUGGAAUUAUAUAGUACGUAGCCUUUCAGGUUAGCUUCUUUCACUUAGCAAUGUGCACUUAGUAACGUGCACCUCCAUGUCUUUUCAUGGCUUGAGAGCUCAUUUCUUUUUAGUGCCUAGUAGUAUUCCAUUGUCUGGGUGUACCACAGUUUGUCCAUUCACCUCCUGGAGGACAUCUUGGUUGCUUCCAAAUUUUGGCAAUUAUGAAUAAAGCUGCUGUAAACAUCUGUGUGCAGGGCUUUGUGUGGUGUUCAGCUUCAGAGGAGCUGACUACCGAGGAGCAUGACUGAUAGAUUAUAUGGUAAGAGUAUGUCUAGUUUUGUAAGAAACUGCCAAACUGUCUUUCAUAGUGGCUGUACCAUUUUGCAUUCUCUCCAGCAGUGAAUGAGAGUUCUUUUUGCUCCACAUCCUUGCCAGCAUUUGGUGUUGUCAGUGUUCCAGAUUUUGGUCACUCUAGUAGAUUUGUUGUGGUACCUCAUUGUUGUUUUAAUUUGCAUUUCCCUGAUGACAGCUGAGUGUGAAGCAUCUUUUCAU